AUGGGUGAUUUCACUUAUGAGAAUAACCUCGUCCCAAAGUUUCCAUCUCAGGUCAUUAGGAAUGCUGAAAUCAUUGAAGGAAAUGGAGGCCCUAGAACCAUCAAGAAGACCAUCUAUGCCGAAGAAGAGUGCAAUUACAGCGUUGUUGGGGGUGAUCCUAACAACGACACAGUUAGGAAUGUCUCAUAUAAUUCCAAAAUAGUUACAACCCUUGAUGGAGGAUACAGCAGUAGCACCUCCAGCUACAGAAGUUACUCCUCAACCUCGACGGGCAAGCGUCAAGUCAAUGCCGAAGGCACAGGACGCAUCAAGGCUAUUAAGAACCACCCUCAUCCUCAUGCCUACAACUAA